UCUAUUGCCCCGACUGCCCGUGCUAACGCGAGGGGGCCGUCACACACAGCCCACCGCGUUGGCGAAUCGAGCACACCCUGUACCAUCUCUACUCAAUGCUUGCUAACAUUUCAGGGCGAGGGAGACGUGGUGGACGGCAGUGAGCGUGGUUUUGCUGCAGCAGAUCCAGGGAGAGGAGCCUGUUUGCAUUCCACCGCUGGUGCAAAACAAUGGAGGCGGAAAUCGAGCAGCAGGAAGAAGAGACCUCAUUCAGCAAUACUGACACGAAUGGUAAACGCCCAGCCGAGGACAUGGAUGAGGAGCAGGCAUUCAAACGUUCACGUAACACAGACGAGAUGGUGGAGCUGCGUGUGCUGCUUCAAAGCAAAAAUGCAGGUGCCGUUAUUGGAAAAGGUGGCAAGAACAUAAAAGCCCUACGCACAGAUUACAAUGCCAGUGUAUCAGUCCCAGACAGCAGUGGCCCAGAGCGGAUCCUGAGUGUGAAUGCCAACAUCGACACCAUUGGAGAGAUUCUGCUGAAGAUCAUCCCUACUCUAGAGGAGUACCAGCAUUACAAUGGGAUUGAUUUUGACUGUGAGCUGCGCCUGCUGAUCCAUCAGAGCUUGGCAGGGGGCAUCAUUGGGGUGAAAGGUGCCAAGAUAAAGGAGCUGAGAGAGAACACCCAGACCACCAUUAAGUUAUUUCAGGAGUGCUGUCCCCACUCCACUGACAGAGUGGUCUUGGUAGGAGGCAAGCCAGAGCGUGUCAUCGAGUGCAUAAAAGUUAUCCUGGAGCUCGUGUCAGAGGCCCCAAUCAAAGGCCGUGCCCAGCCAUAUGACCCUAAUUUUUACGAUGAGACGUACGACUACGGUGGUUUCACCAUGAUGUUUGAGGAGAGAGGCAGGCGGCCCAUUGGUGGCUUCCCCAUGCGUGGCCGUGGAGGCUUUGAGCGCAUGCCCCCCGGUCGUGGCAGCAGACCCAUGCCUCCCUCCAGGAGGGAUUACGAUGACAUGAGCCCCCGUCGUGGCCCUCCACCACCUCCGCUGAGCAGAGGGGGCCGAGGAGGCAGUAGAGCACGCAACUUGCCUCUGCCUCCCCCACCACCACCAAGAGGAGGGGGAGACAGGUUCUCACAUGGCAGCUAUCAUGGCAGCAUGGACGACAGACAAAACGACAGAAGAGGCAGACCAGGAGACCGUUACGAUAGCAUGAGUGGAGGAGGAUAUGACAACAAUUCCUCCUGGGACCACUUUCAGUCCGGUGGCAGAGGCUCAUACAGUGAUAUAGGAGGCCCAGUUAUCACAACGCAAGUCACCAUACCUAAAGAUCUGGCUGGCUCCAUCAUCGGUAAGGGUGGCCAAAGGAUCAAGCAGAUCCGCCAUGAGUCUGGUGCAUCCAUCAAGAUUGAUGAGCCACUAGAGGGCUCUGAGGACCGCAUCAUCACCAUCAUAGGAACACAGGACCAGAUCCAGAACGCUCAGUACCUGCUACAGAACAGUGUGAAGCAGUACUCUGGUCGGUUCUUCUAGAGAAAGAAGAGUGAAGCCAUGCUGCCGUGCCCAAUGUGCUCCUUCUAUUCAGAGCCUACAUUCCUCUGCUUUGGGUAGAUGCACCCCCACCCUCCACUACCCCACAAACCAUCAUCAUCUAUACCGUACAUAUUUUAUUUAGAGUUUUAAAAAAAUAAAGCUGUCAUACAAGGAGUCGAUACCUUUUUUUUUCUGUGCUGGUGAUUAUUAUUUUCGGGGGGAUUCUUGUACUGUAAUUGGAGUAAACUCAUUUGUGUGAUAACUCUCGGUCUUGUGAGCCGCCCCGACCCAUUUCUCCCCCCUUUUUCAGUACAGCAUGCAGAAUGUAAUCUUGUUUUGUAAAGAACAUUAUAUGAUUUUUAGUUGUUUUUUUUUUUUUCUCUCAAAUGCUUUAGCACAUUCUCCAGAUGAAGAUGCAUGGUCUGAGAAUGGUCGAAGAAGCCAUUUAAAACAAAUUUUUAGUUUUGCAUAAUAUCCCAGUUUCAUUGUAAGAUGAAGUGCUUUUUAGAAAGCAUGGGCUUAAGUUUGGAGAAAUGUGCCAGUGUGAUGUGGAAAAAAAGAAAGAAAUUUUAAUAAUUUUGUUUUUCAUUGAAAGACGAGCUGUGUAAAUGAGUGCGUGGUGUGUGUGUGUGUGUGUGUGUGUGUGUGUGUGUGUGUGUGUGUGUGUGUGUGUGUGUGUGUGUGUGUGUACGUGUAUGUAUAUUUAUAUAUGUACACCGUUAUUUCAAGAAUGCUUAGAUUGGCCCAAAUUGAUUGUUCUUUGUAGGAAGAAAAUGGGGCCAAAAGAGAGGUCUGGUGAUCUAGUUUCUCUCUCUGUUUCUGAUUUCCUCUCUGCCACUCACUGGGAUUGAUGGACUUGCUGUAAUGCAUCCUUAAUAACUGACCUGUUGGAUUCAUUUAUUCUUGCAUAAUAAGUGUUUUUAAUUUUGUCAGUUUGUACACGUUUGUUUUAACAUUUUAGGUGGAAUCUCUUUACAUGCUGUUCAAUGUGAGGAGCAUACAGAUUUUGAGAGUCCAUGAGUGGUGUGUCCUGCCUGGUCAUAUCUAUAUCUAUCUCUGAUGUCUGUAGUACCUGCUGCAAGCAUUGAGUCAAAUAAAGUCUGUGCCACAUUUCACUAA